AUGGCCGAGGCCACUACAGUAAAUGAUGAGGAGAACAAGCCCGAAGAUAGCAGCACCAAAGACACAAAGCCUGUGGCGGAAAUCCUCCUGAAUUGGUUCAUCCAAGUCACCGGCCUGACAGCAGCCGUGGUUUUUGGCGUCUUUUCCGUCCUCUCCUGGACGAACUCCCGCGCGGCCAAGGAGCAAGCGAAUACCGCCAAUUUGCUCUCCUUUGCUUCGAUCUGCGCCCAAAUCAAAGAUAACACAUCUGCCUUUCUCUCUCAAACGCAGGACCUGUGCGACCUGUACUCGUCGGCGACCAUCUCAGCAUUGGAGUCUUAUCUGAACUCAAGUCUACCUCUGCCGAGCUCGCCUUCGAAUCCAAGCGGCUCAGGCUCUGCGAGGCUGUCUACUGGAGCCAUCGUCGGAAUCGUAGUCGGCCUGAGCUGCGUCUUCGUCAUCGUGCCGGUCACCUUCGUUGCGGUACACAGACUUUACUCUCUAGUCAAAUUGUUGCAGUUCCUUGCUUUCCUUUGCCGAGUUGUUGGGAAGCCACUUGUCAAAGCCAAUGAUCUUAGCCAUUGA